AGAAACAAAACAAAAACAAACCAGCAAAAGCAAACAAAGAAAACAAGAACAAAGCUACAAAAUGAUAACCAUGCUGUAUUACAGUAGUUUCUGUACCUUUCCCACCACUUCAUUUACCUUAAUUUGUACAACCAUGGCCCUUAGUUUGGGCACCAUGUCACCUGUUUGUGUUUGUAGCUCCCCAUUUGGAACAUCCACACAGUUAAAUAGGAAUUCUAAAAUAUUUUGUUUCAGUCUCUAAAGGAGAGGAUGUUUGCACGUGCUUUAUUAGUCUCCUAGCAACCUUCUGUCAGAAAGCGUCCAUAUGUGCAUGAGGCAGGCUUUCCUUCUGCUAGGUAAGGGAUGCUUCAAAUAGGAAGCCUUAUGGAGAGUACUGAUUUGUUUGCAUUUUCGUGUAGUGUUAUUUAAAGGCUCCACUUCCUCUAUAAAGAAUGAUAAUGUAAUUCUGUUGUUAUGACUCAGAUAUUUUCCUUUGAUUGUGUGUGUGAUAUAUGGGACUUCUGUGUAGAACUGCAUGUGUAAUUCAGGGUGAGAGUUCACAUGUUGCUUCUAGAGUGUCCCUGGUUAUGUUUGAUGUUGAAAGUCUAUAUACAGCUGAAUAGGGAAUGAAGUUGCAGUUUCUAGCUUGUAACCCUGGGCUAAUUUUUGAAAAGAGCUCUUCACUUAACUGGCUUUUGCCUGAGAGACUCCUGCUGGGCAUGUCAGCUCCAUUCCAGCACCAGCUGUCUGCUGAGAGUUCUUUCUUUGACUUGCCCUAUUGUGAUGACUCUUUUUCAUAUAAUGAUACUGGAUAUGAUGUUCUAACAGUUCCUGCUAGCUCUGUUGUCUGUUUCCUUUCCAAGUAUGUGUAUUUUCUUAGGUGAAAGUAGUCAAAACAGACAGCAGUUCAGAUUGUGUUCUGGCAAGGUUUCUUUGACCUUUGAACCUGAAUUGCUGACUUACUUUUAUUUUUAUUUUAUUUUGAGAAGACUGGCCAGAACUUUCUGCUUCAUGUUUAGAGUGUUCAAAUCUCCUCUGCCUACCCACUAACAAUAAAGCAUGAAUAAUUUCCUUUUCUCUCUACUCCCCUGCCACAUGCGGGUGCUCAUUUUGCAGUUUCCCUGUCAACCAUGUUAUUAUCAAUGCAUGCUUUUGUUUUUCAUAUCUUAAAACUGUGUCCUUGACACUUUUGCUUUCUCAGUUACUACAUUGUUUAUUUCUAAGUGGACUAUAUACACUGUAGCAAUUAUCUGUAAAUGUUUCCUACUGUACAAUGUGAAGAGCAAAAAACACGUUCUCAGAACAGAUGGGUUAGAUGACCAGGUUGUGGUCUGUUUGUUAACCAGUGCUGUUGCAGGCAGUGAGGAGGAGACUACAGUCUCCCUAAUUUUCCAUUAAGUAUGCAUUGUCAGGUGACUUUCUAGUCAUAUUUUUUGUGGUCAGAGUUUAAACCAAGUGCAGUUUAAGUGUAAAAUUUCUUCUACAAAGGGGGAGUGUGGCUUUAUUUUCCAGUAAAAUGAAAUCAUUGUGCCUGUGUAGUCAGUGUUUCUCAGGUCUGUUGGUAGUAAACCCCUGUGUAUGGGAACUGCUGAGUCACAGCUGACCCACUGAUUGAGCACCUGGGGAAAGGACCGGUCAGCCCUGGGAGCACAGGUGAAGGAAGUUCAGCUGUGGGACAGGAAGGGGUGCAGCCUGACUGCACCUCUUCUAGAGCUCAUUUAAGGGCUGGCUGCCGCUGUGGAAGGAUCUCUUCCUGGAGAUCCCUCCUUGGUGAAGCUUUUCCCUGUGAACCUGGAAUCUUCUGAUACGGUGGCUCUCCAGGUGUAGUUGUUCCUUCUCCUGUUGGCCUAGCAUCCAAUGCUCUCAUCCCUGGCAGUCCUACUGAACAGGACCAAUCAGAAGAUGAACGUGUGGAUGUCUCUACCGCUGCUGAAGGAAGAGAGCUGGUGCAGAAGGGACAGAAGGAAAAGAGACUGAUGCAGGAGGAGCAGAAGAGAGAUGAGCUAGUGGAGAUGGUUAUUCCAUCAGGGCCUCCUGUUUUGCCACAGGCUUCAACUCCAGUGUCCCAGACUGCCCCAGCCUUCUUUCCUGAAUCUUUACCUAUACCAUCACAACCAGUGUUCUCUCAUGAUAUUUUUGUUCCAACUCAGAGUCCAGAGAAGAAUGAGGGAGAAGAAAAAGCUGCUGUUUCAACCUAUUCAUGUAUACCAGGAGACCUUUCUGGACCCGCAGAUACUUUGUCAAAGAUGCCUGUGGAAGACUCUGUGUCACAGCCUUCCGAGUCCUGCAAUCUGAUGCUUUCUGCAAGUGGAUGCAGCCAGCCCACAAACACACAAAUCAGUUCAGACUCUCUGAAAACUGGCCGUGAUAAUGAAGCUACACAGAUCCAGGUAACUUCUGAAUGUAGCAUUUCAGACUUGAGACUCUCUUCUGUGGCGAAUGACAACGGAAAAAUGAGGCUGGAUGCUGGACAUCAAGCCCUCUCUGAGAACUGUCAAAAACCAAAACAGGAGGAUAUAUGUACUGCAGGAAAGCCUGUAAUGCAGUUAGGUAGUACAGAAAUAGCAGGAGAUGAGACAUUAGACCCUACAGCCCAUCAGGCUCAUGGGUGUAUUUCUGGAAGUCAGGCUGCUGCAGAUCAGUCUUGCCCUGAGAUUUCAUCCUGUUGUGACAGAAGAGAAGCUCAGUUAAAGGAUUAUUCACCGAGAGGCAGUUCUCAGUAUGAGGCAGUUCCUGAGACUCAGCCUGAAGAACAGGAAGAGAGGAUGCAUAUAGCAGAGAAGCAGAUGAAUGAAGACGACUCUCUUGUUAACACGAUUGUCUCUCAGAGGUUCCUUCUUGAAGGGAAGGCAGAGCACCAUGAAGAGAUGGAAGUAGAAUUUGCUGGUGGUUCUUGUGAAAAUAGCAAAAAACUGUCUGUUGAGACUCAAGGACUUAGAAAGAUUAGACUAGAAUGCUGCCGAAAAGAAACUUUAAAAGAUGGUACUUUUGGCACUGGAGAAGCAAAGAAUGUGGAUAAACUGUCCUCUAAAGCUGCUUCAGAAAGCGUGCCAAAGCUGAAUGAAGUUUUAUCUAAGCCUUCUGUAGGGGAGUUAUUAGAACAGCACAAUUUGUUUCCUAAAUUGAAGAUUGACAUUCCAUCUGAGAUGGCAUUGUGUGCCAAAAGCCAUGCACAAAGUUCAGAAUUACAUCAGAUAAUGGAGACUCAACCACAGCAGCAAGAGAGGGAAGCUGACAUGCUGAUGACUCAGCAGGAGAAUCAGGUGCCAAAGAAUACAGUGAUUCCUGCUAUGACAGUGAAUCUGGAGCAAGAAGAGCAGAUGCAGCCAGAGGAGCAGACAGCUAAGUCCCCCAGUCCUUCCAAUGGAACACCAUUUCAUUUCACUUUGCCAAAGGAGGGUGAUACCAUUCAACCACUGACCAGCGUAACACCACCUCUCACUGGCCAACUUAAAAUGGGACCUAGAAGACACAGCACACCAAUUGUGGAUGAUAAUUGUCCAGACAGCACGAUAGCAACUAGUGACGUUACAGCAGAGGGCACAAUGGGGACCAACAGUGUCACUGUGGAAAGUGCAGUGGUGUCAGCAGACGUGUCAGAAGUGUGUGAAAAAGGAGAUUCUUGUGCAGUUCCUGAAGCUGAUGUAAAGCUCUCUCUACGAAUGAACCUUGUUACCCCCAUGAAUGAUGGGAGCGACGAGUCCCUACCAUUCAGCUUGGAAAAGCCCACAGCCAGUGAUAGGAAAACUGGAUCCUCUGCUGCUGCCAGCUCCCAGAAAGCAUCAUCUGUAUUUAGUCGUGUCUGUGAAGUUCGGCGAGAGGAGGAGGCUAGAGACCACAGCUUUUCAGCUUCUCCACUUAGGGGAAAUCCACUCGGCUUUCCUGGCAUGGAAAAGAAUGCUGAAAUACGUGAAAAUCCUAGUGAUCAGCAGCACAGAGCAGAUGACAGUGGUGAACAGCCCCUAAUACUUCAGAGGCUGCAGCAGGGCUGCCAUCAACAACCUUCUUGUACAGAGCAGAAAGAGUCGGUGGAGGCUGGUAUUGUAAUAAUUCAGAUAGAAGAAGGGGCAAGAGUGCAGCAGAAACCAAGUAAGGUGGUUGCAGUUGAUGAAAGCCAAGGGAUGCAGCCAAGGGAUACCAAUAAUAAAGGAAUUCAAACUACAGCAGACUGUCUUUUUACCCCCGCAACUGUUACAACAGCAACGCAAACAGCAGAAGAAACUUAUAGGCGAGUGGAUGUGGGAACCAGUAUGUGUGGGCAAAGACCUGGGCGACAAGAUGUAAACAUCCAAACUGAGGAGGGUGGACAAAAGCUUGUGAAUACCCCUGCAGAAGACACAGACUCUCUACACAGUCAGGUGGGAGAGGAUGAAUUUAACCUUCAUCCUCCCAGAGGUCAGGUUCAGCGUCGCCAUGUGCGAACUAUUCGAGAGGUGCGCACUGUGGUUACCCGUGUUAUAACAGAUGUUUACUACAUAAAUGGUGCAGAGGUGGAACGGAAGGUAGUUGAGGAAACUGAGGAGCCUGUAGUGGAGUGCCAGGAGUGUGAGACUGACACAUCCUCCUCUAGAACUACAGUUGGCUCAUCACUGACUUCAGGGGACCUUGGUGAUGUCAGCUCCUUUUCUUCUAAGGCCUCAAGCCUCCACCGCACAUCCAGUGGAGCAAGCAGCAGUCUCUCUGCCACACACAGCAGCAGUUCAGCACGAGGCACUGGAGCUGUCAAAGGGAAAGUGUGUGGUACAGAAAGUGGAGAGUUUGCUUUACCCAUUGGCAGAGGUGUCUUAGGGAAACUAAGCCCUAGGAAAGGAGUUGGUCAACCAGUAUCUCCUCUCAGAGUUAGUCAGGCAGGAGCAGCACUUCUGUGUGAGGAAGAGGAGGACUCUAUGGUUGGUCCUCGCCAGGGUGGCAAAGCACCUGUGACACCUCGUGGGCGAGGAAGAAGAGGCCGCCCACCGUCCCGAACAACUGGAACAAGAGAUUUGGCUGGGAUUCCUGUUUUGGAGGAUCUCUCAACUACAGGAUCACCUGAGGAGAAAUCAUUUGUUCGUACAAUUCGCCUACCAGAUGGAGGGGAGAAGUCUGACACAUCUGGCUUCUGUGCCUUACGUCGAAGUGACUCUCCAGAAAUCCCAUUACAGGUGGUGGCUGGUCCUUCAGACUGUGCAGACUCAUCUGCUGGGAGCAGCUUUGUGGGCCUCAGGGUUGUAGCAAAGUGGUCUUCAAAUGGGUACUUCUAUUCUGGGAUGAUUACUCAAGAUGUUGGAGCGGGGAAGUACAAACUUCUCUUUGAUGAUGGAUAUGAGUGCGAUGUACUAGGAAAAGAUAUUUUGCUCUGUGACCCUAUCCCAUUGGAGACUGAAGUAACUGCGCUCUCAGAGGAUGAGUACUUCAGUGCAGGUGUAGUGAAGGGGCACCGGAAGGAGUCUGGAGAGCUAUAUUAUUGCAUUGAAAAGGAAGGCCAGAGGAAGUGGUACAAGCGAAUGGCUGUGAUCCUGUCUCUGGAACAAGGAAAUAAGCUCCGAGAGCAGUUUGGACUAGGUCCUUAUGAACCUGUCACCCCCCUGACUAAGGCAGCUGACAUCAGUCUUGAUAAUCUCGUGGAGGGGAAGCGGAAGCGACGCAGCAACCUUGUCUCUCCCAGCUCCUCCAGUAGUAGCACAACUCCCACUCGUAAAGGGAUGGAAAGUCCACGUGUGCCACCAGGUGUACUUUCUGGCAAGAGGAAACUUGUUGCUUCUGAGGAAGAGAGAUCCCCAGCUAAACGUGGCCGUAAGUCAGCAACAGUAAAGCCUGGGGCUGUGAAAACAGGAGAGUUUGUGAGUACCUGUGAAGGCAUAGAUCCCCCACUACUGGAGGACCAUCCUGGACCACUGCCGCACAAUAAGACUCUCUUUUUGGGCUAUGCCUUUCUUCUCACCAUGGCAACACCCAGUGACAAACUGGCCAAUUGCCUGAAGCCUUCAGAUGGUCCUGCAGGGAGUAGUGAGGAGGAAGAAGAAUUCUUAGAGAUGACUCCGUAUAACAAACAUUAUAUAGCACAGCAGCUGCGAGCAGGAGCUGGCUAUAUCCUGGAAGACUUUAACGAAACACAGUGUAAUGCAGCAUAUCAGUGUCUUUUAAUUGCGGAUCAGCAUUGUCGAACACGGAAAUACUUGCUGUGCCUUGCCCGAGGGAUCCCUUGCGUGUCUCAUAUCUGGGUUUACGAUAGCUGUCAUGCUAACCAGCUUCAGAAUUAUCGGAAUUACCUUUUGCCAGCUGGGUACAGCCUGCAGGAGCAAAAAUUGCUAGAAUGGCACCCACGAGAAAACCCAUUCCAUAACCUGAAGGUUCUCCUAGUAUCAGAUCAGCAGCAGAAUUUCCUGGAUCUGUGGUCUGAAAUCCUUAUGACUGGUGGAGCAUCUUCUGUUAAACAGCAUUUUUCAAACGCUAGCAACAAAGAUAUUGCACUGGGUGUUUAUGAUGUGGUGGUGACUGAUCUUUCCUGCCCAGCUGUCGUCUUGAAGUGCGCAGAGGCAUUAAGGCUGCCUGUUGUCUCACAAGAGUGGGUGAUCCAGAGCCUUAUUGCUGGAGAGAGAGUAGGCUACAACAAGCAUCCAAAAUACAAACAUGAUUAUGUCCCUCAUUAAGCUGAAACUUUGUCCUGCUGCCCCAUCAUUGUGCAGACUGUUUUAAUCAGGUUUUAAAUGUUUGUGGAAUUGGACAGCGUGCAUGGUUUAUUGUAUAUAGUUUUAUCUGCUGAACUUUUAUCAUGAAAUAAAUGUUCAAUCUCUUGUGUUA